GUCAGCAAAGGACAGAGAAGCAGGGUCAGAACCAGAGCCAGGAGUCGGGGCCAGCGGGCUGGGCCAGAAGGCCAUGUGCUUAAGAUAUCACCGCAUUCCCUGUACGAUUCCCCUCCACAGCAUGCCGGCCUCCUCCAGCCGCCUCCACCGGGGUCUCCAAGUGUUUACUAUACUGCAAUGGAUCUUCUUCUUGGGACUGGGUUUGGUGUCCUCCGACAAGGCCAGCACAGCCUAUCUGUUGUCCCGGCCCGGAGGUGGCCAGGUGGCCGUCCUGGCAGUGGGAGGACCCCUGGAGGCGCUGAAGACAAAGCCCGGAGUGCUGAGCUUGCGUAUCCGGACUCAGAAGGGAUUUAUCAAGUUGGCGCUGGAACACGGGGCCUCCUUGGUGCCUGUCUUCUCUUUCGGGGAGAACGAGCUCUUCCAGCAGUUCCCGAACCCACCGGGCUCGUGGGGACGGAGGGCUCAGGAAGUAAUGCAGCCGCUGCUGAGAGUGGCCCUGCCGCUGUUCCACGGCCGCCGGGGCCUCCUCCUGCCCUUCCGUACGCCCAUCCACACAGUCGUGGGGGCCCGGAUCCCGAUGCAGCGAAACCCGCAGCCCAGCCGGGCGCAGGUGACGGAGCUGCACGCGGAGCCGCUCACGCAGCUGUUCGAGGAACACAAGGCGCGCUACGGCGUUCCCGAGAACAGGCACCUCCUCUUCACCUAGGCGGCUCCGGGACCCUACCCGUUCACCUCGGGGACUGUGGGUGGGGAGUGAAAUUAAA